CUAAUUCAUUGACACUCGUUCGUUGAAAUCUAUCCAACGUGUCUCACGAAAUGGCACGCCCGAAAAGCAUGCCCGAUUUCUCCCACCUCCUACUCGCCGACGCGUCAACGCCGUCGCCACACGUCCCGGAAAAGGAGCGUCCGCGAAAAAAACCCAGUAUCUCGCUCGCAGCCGGCUUGAUCAUGGCAAGCGAGAGCCCGCGGUCAGUGCCGAAUACGCCGCAGCAGACACAAGGGAAGAAUGACGCUACCUGCAGCGACAAUUUGUUCUAUGCUUAUGCCCAGAAGUCCGAUUACGCGCAAUCUCCACCAUUCAUCCUUACCUUCUCCUCUGCCUCCAUUGCAUCCCAAUGGUGGGAUCUCGUAAAACAAGAAUACCCAGAGUCGACGCGCGAGGGCGCACAACUCUUCGUCCUGAAAGGCGACGACAUGCAAGAGCAAAUCCAGGAUAACCCCAAAUUCUACAAUCUCCGAAAUAAAUGGUUCUACACGCCCUCCGACGGCACAAUGGGGGUUAUCCCAUUGCAGGACUAUCGUGGAAAUCCUGUCAGCACUACUACGAGCCCCGCCCCACAGAAAAAGCCCUCGAUAUCCAUCAACGGACAGGGGUCCCCGGGUUUUGACCUCUCCAAGCUUUCAGACACCCUCGAGAAAAUGACCGCAAUGAUAUCAUCUAACUCCUCCCAAAUCAAAGCUCUCAGUGUCGCACAAUCUGAGGGCCUCCAACGCAUGCAGGAAAUCAACGAAUCAAACUCUACCCAGAUAAAAGCGUUAGCCGACGGCCAGUUCAAGCUGCAGGCGCUGACGGAUCAGAAUGCGUCGCAUUACAUUGCACUGUCGAACUCCUCGUUCCAAAACCAGGAGCAGGUGAAAGACGUCUUGCAGACGAAUGCGCAGCAGAUUCAAGCGCUGGCGGAGGGUCAGGGUAAACUUGCGGAUACGUGUAAUGCGAUGAUGAAGACGAUUGAGGAUUUGGGCGGGACGGUUGGGAAGGUGGGAGAGACUGUCAGUCAGCUUGCUGUAUCGGAUACAUCGAGUUCGGCAGCAUUUAGUUCGUCUGGAAACCGGAUUUCUCCACCGCCAAGGAAACUGAAUAGAAGGAUUAAGGGCGUCUGGUAUGAGUAUGAU